UGCGCUUCAGUCGUUGCUGUUACGCCAUUGUGCGCGGUUCGCUCGUUCAUUUCAAAGGCGGGUGCAUAUUUUUCGUAGACUUGCGUGUUAGUCCAUUUGGCCACGUCUCGUACGAGCAGCGUAUGCCGUAGAUGUGUGUUUUGUUCGUGGUGUUAAUUGAUAAAAUUAAUCAUACAUAUUUUGUGUACUGAAUUUUCGUUCAAAGUACGCGUCUGAAUAUUUUCGAAAGUGCGUUCUGCAAUCACUCUUAACUUUGUUGGUCUUAACCGGUUAAGAAGUGGUGGAAAACUAUUGAUUUUGAAAACAAAACAAAAAUCGCUAUGAAUUGGCUUGUUACGGUUGCACCGGCAGUAGCCGUCACGCUGAUCGCUGUAUUGGUGACGAAAGUCGGCUGGCGUUGGUUUUACAUUGCAGCUGUAACAUCGAAGCGUGAUCUAACCGCACUCUGGGCUUACCUCAAGCUGCUGCGUCUAACCAAAAAAUAUGAACGUGAAAAUCUCACCAUCGCCGACAUAUUCCAAAUGCAAGUCAAACAGAAUCCGAAUAAAUAUGCGAUAAUCAGCGAGACACAACAGUGGACCUUUCGACAAUUGGAUGAAUUUUCAAAUCGCGUUGCGAACCUCUUUCAUGCACAAGGCUUUCGCAAGGGUGACGUAGUCGGCUUGCUAUUAGAGAAUCGCGCUGAAUUCGUCGGCAUUUGGUUGGGUUUGUCGAAAAUCGGCGUUAUCACACCAUUGAUCAACACCAAUCAGCGUGGCCCAUCACUUUUACACAGCAUUACUGUGGCGCACUGUAAAUCCUUGAUUUUCGGUGAAGGUUUCAAAGAUGCCGUAGAAGAUGUACGUAAUGAUAUACCCGCUGAUGUGCCGCUUUAUCAAUUCAAUAAUGAAGCAAAUGGGGAGGUAAUCGCAACGGCGCGUGAUAUGACUACAUUGCUGGAAACAGUAGAGAAACGUAAAGUAGCGACCACAGCGGAUCGCGCCAAUCAUCAUGAUCGUCUGGUCUAUAUCUAUACGUCGGGUACGACUGGAUUGCCUAAGGCGGCGGUGAUCUCACACGCGCGCUAUCUUUUCAUUGCGGCUGGUAUUAACUAUACCAUGGGUUUCCGUCAGGACGAUAUCUUCUAUACACCACUACCACUCUAUCACACUGCUGGCGGCAUUAUGAGUAUGGGUCAGUCUGUUCUGUUUGGUUCUACCGUAGCGAUACGCAAGAAGUUCUCCGCCUCCGGUUACUUUGCUGAUUGUGUCAAAUUCCAGGCAACCGUCGGUCAGUACAUCGGCGAGAUGGCACGCUAUAUACUUGCUACCCCAGCAUCUCCUAACGAUCGCGCUCAUCAAGUGCGUCUCAUUUUCGGCAAUGGUUUGCGCCCGCAAAUCUGGCCCCAAUUCGUCGAACGUUUCAAUAUACCCAAAGUAGGUGAAUUCUAUGGCGCUACGGAGGGCAAUGCAAAUAUUAUGAAUAAUGACAGCACAGUCGGUGCGAUUGGUUUCGUCUCACGCAUAUUGCCGAAAAUUUAUCCCAUCUCAAUACUGCGUGCUGAUCCUGAUACCGGUGAACCAAUACGCGGCCCCGAUGGUCUCUGUCAACUGUGUGAACCCAACGAACCUGGCGUAUUUAUUGGUAAAAUUGUUAAAGGUAAUUCAGCACGUGAAUUUCUCGGUUAUGUGGAUGAGAAAGCUUCGGCAAAGAAAAUCGUACACGACGUAUUUCACAAAGGUGAUAUGGCUUUUCUCUCCGGUGAUCUUUUGGUUGCGGAUGAGCGCGGUUAUUUGUUCUUUAAAGAUCGUACCGGCGAUACGUUCCGUUGGAAGGGUGAGAAUGUGUCGACUAGCGAGGUGGAGGCGCAGGUUAGCAAUGUCGCAGGUUAUAAGGAUACUGUUGUUUACGGCGUAACCAUACCACAUACGGAGGGACGCGCUGGCAUGGCUGCUAUUUAUGAUCCUAACAACGAAGUGAAUUUGGAGGUGUUCGCCGAGAAAUUGGCGAAGGUUUUGCCUACAUAUGCGCGUCCACAAUUUUUGCGUUUCCUCACCAAAAUCGAUAUGACCGGCACAUUUAAGUUGCGUAAAGUGGACUUGCAAAAGGAGGGUUUCGAUCCUUCGAACAUAAAAGAUACCAUUUACUAUCAGACGCCAAAAGGACGCUAUGAACUGCUCACACCGGAGAUUUAUGAAAAAAUCAACUCCCACGAAUUGCGUUUUUAAGCGCAUUUAAUCACUGUUGAAAUGCGUUGCCUCUUUUGUGAGGUUAUGUUUGCCUGUUUUCCAGAGUUUAAGCAUUUUAUAUUGAAAUUGAAAAUUAAAAAAAAAAAUUGUUACUUUAGUUUUUAGUACACACUUUGUUUACACAAAGUUUGCCAACUAAAGAUCAAUGAUACUUUUUUAUUACUUCAUAUACAUUCAUAUGUAAAAAUUGUUAUCUUGCUGUUAGGAUUAGUUGGUAGAAUAAUAAAAUUAUGUAGUAUAAUACUUGUAAAUAUAAAUUGUUUACACUAGGUUCGACAAAUUUCUAUCGAUUAAACGAUAACAGUUUGAUAGGAAACUAUUAUAACUUAAGUGUAUGACGGCUAACGUAUUUUCUAGCUGAAUUCAUUUAAAAUACUAUAUAAGACGGUUGAGGUUUACGUACCUAAAGCUGUUAAAGACUUUACAUACAUAAUAUAUAUAUAUAUUUCUAGUACGCACAAACCGAUUUGGAAAAUAAAAUGAGAUUAAAGUUUCAAUAAA